AUGAGUUCAAAAGUACACUCAGUUGAUGUGAAAAAAGAUGCUUUCUCAAAUGCUAUUCCUGAGAUUGAAAUUCUGAAGAGAAGAAAGAAAGAAGAAAUAGAGAAACAACAAGUUCUUGAAAUACAGAAACUUGAAAAAAAGAAAAUAUAUGCUCAAGCAGCUGAAUCUGCGGCCUCUAAACCUGCUGUCUCUAAAUCUGCUAUCUUGAAACCUGCUCAAAAUUCUGAGAAAACUGAGAAGAAUACUGCUCAUACUUCUAGUGAUAGAAAAGUGAAGAAAAAAAUAUAA